AUGACCAUUAAAGGUAAACAUUUGGAACUGAUCCAGGACAUUGAGGCAGCUACCACAGUGCAAGUAAAUACACCCAUGAAGGAAGACGAAGAACUGUGGAGAAGUGUGUUUGAGUUGAGGCCAUGUUCACUUUUUGCUUUUGUCAAAUGCAUCCACAGUAUGGAACUUCAACAGAACCCUGCAAAUAAAGAUCAGUGUCCUGGAGAGCAGCCAGGGGAGCUUGAGCCAGGCAGCAUCUAUCACAGCCACAGCAACUCCAAGGCCACAGGGAAGAGGGCAAAAGAGCAGGUGAACACCAGGUGGAGAUUGGGCGCUGCUUCAGCAAUAUGUCUCCUGUUCAUGAUCACUGAGGUUGUAGGUGGGCACAUUGCUGAGAGUCUCACCAUCAUCAUGGAUGCUGCUCAUCACUUAGUGGACCUGACCAGUUUUCUGCUCAGUCUGUUUUCCCUGUGGCUGUCAUCAAGGCCCCCCUCCAAAAGGCUGACAUUUGGGUGGCACUAAGCAGAGGUCCUCGGUGCCCUGCUGUCCAUCCUCUGCAUCUGGGUGCUGACCAGUGUGCUGAUGUACCUGGCCAGUGAGAGCCUGCUGCAUCCUGACCACCAGGCCACCUUGAUGACCAUUGUUUCCAGGUGGGCAGUGGUGGGCAAUGUUGUAAUAAGUGUGCUUUUGCACCAGGAAUGCCUUGACCACAAUCACAAGGAAGUGCAAGCUAAUGCCGGUGUCAGAGCAGCAUUUGUGCACACCCUUGGAGAUGUGUUCCAGAGCAUCAGUGUGCUAAUCAGCACACUUGUCAUCUCCUUUAAGAUGAGUCCUGACUACAAAAUUGCUGACCCAAUCUGCAGCUUUGUUUUUUCCGUCCUGGUUUUGGGCAGCACUGUUACAAUCUUAAAAGACUUUACCAUCUUCCUCAUGCAAGGUGUACCCAAGGGCCUGAACUACAGCGGUGUGAAAGAGCUCAUCUUGGCAUCUGUGCACAGCCUACACACCUGGUCUCUAACAAUGAACCAAGUGCUUCUCUCUGUUCAUGUUGCCACAGCGACCAGCCAGGACAGCAGAUUGCUUGGAGAGGGGUGGGCAGAGCCCUCAGCAAGUUUCACCUUCCACUCGCUCACCAUUCAGACACCGACUGCCUUUUCUAUGAAGAACUGUGGGCCUCGGGUGGCCAUACGGUCAGCUUUUCUACGUAAAAUCCAGGCCAGGAAGCGAUGAGAGACGUGGAGCUGAAUUGCACCCCUUCCAGGGGUAUGGCUCAACUCUGGAGACGAUGCAUCAAUAUAAUUGCCCGACAUUUCCUUUCCUUUCUUCAAAGGGGGACCCAUUGGCUAAAAACAUAAUUACCCUAUUUGCAGCCUUUAAAACUGUAUGGGUGCAAUACUCAGUCUAAUGGGUGCUGGCAAGUGCUAUUUUCCUACAUGUGUAGAAUUGGUGAGUAUUUGGGGGUAUUGAAGAAAAACAAAAGACACACAUUGUCCUGAAGAUAUUGUAAACCAUGGUGAGUUAACCCAGACAAUGGAAUUAGGAUCACAUGGGAAGUUUGGGUCUUUUUUGAAGUUAAAGUGCAUUUUCAAGUGGGAAUCAGUAGAGAUUUCAUAAACUGAUGCCUUCUUGCUUUUCCAUAUCCUCUCCCAUUUUUCAGCGGUGAAGAUGAAAUUUUAUUUGACAUAUUUAUGGGAUUAAUGACUAAGAAUCUCUUACUAUAGUAUUCUCUUCUCCAAAAUUACCCUGGGAAUGGCCAAAGUCCACGAUCACAAAAUCAUAAACCCAUAUGUCGGUGUGUCUUUAGAGCAAUACUUUCUAUGAAUAAUUAAAAGCCCUGAAAGAUGAAGCCCCUUAUAUUGAUUUCUACCUUUUCAUGUUCAACACCUU